ACGUUUUUUCCGUUGUGUUGUGCACUUGUGCUCGUGUCUGAACUCCAAAGCAACACUCUCUACGUAUCGAUUGGGAUCUCGACGGUGGCUCCCGAUCCGCCACCGUCCGAUCUUCUCCUCCUCCGCUUCAGCCGCCGCCGUUCCGAGAUCUGAAUUCAAUCUCUCUCUCUCUCUCUCUCAUAACAGUUCUUCGUCGACCGAAGGAGAAUUAGAGACAUGGAAAUCAACAAUUGGCAUAAGGAGCUUACCUAUGAUAAUUGGGUACCUGUCGCUGUAUCCGGUGCACGCCCACCUGCUCGCUACAAGCAUGCUGCAGCAGUAGUUGAUGAGAAAUUGUACAUUGCUGGUGGGAGUCGUAACGGUCGGAACUUAUCUGAUGUUCAGGUGCUUGACUUCAGAAGUUUGACAUGGUCUUCUCUGCGACUAAAAGCAAAUGAUGGAAAAGAUGAUGACAUCUCACAGGAAAUUCUUCCAGGCAUUUCUGGUCACAACAUGAUUAGGUGGCGGGAGAAACUACUACUUCUUGGUGGCAGUUCAAGGGAUUCUUCUGAUACAUUAACAGUUCGUUACAUUGACAUUGAAAGAAGCCAGGUUGGAGUUAUCAAGACCUCUGGAAGUGUCCCUGUAGCCCGUGUGGGACAGUCUGCAACACUGGUUGGUUCUAGAGUGAUAUUGUUUGGUGGAGAAGAUAUGGGCAGGAAACUGUUGAAUGAUGUCCAUGUUCUUGAUCUCGAAAGUAUGACUUGGGAUAUGAUUAAAACUACGCAGACACCUCCAGCUCCUAGAUACGAUCAUGCAGCUGCUAUGCAUGGAGAGCGGUACCUUCUGGUUUUUGGUGGUUGCUCUCAUUCUGUCUUCUUCAAUGAUCUUCAUUUAUUAGACUUGCAAACAAUGGAGUGGUCUCAACCACAAACUCAAGGUGAUUUAGUAUCUCCCAGGGCUGGACAUGCUGGCAUCACUAUUGAUGAAAGCUGGUUCAUAGUUGGUGGUGGAGAUAAUAAAAGUGGUUGCCCUGAAACCCUGGUGUUAGACAUGUCUAAGCUUGUUUGGUCAGUAUUGGCUGUUGUGAAGCAAAAAGAUCCACUUUCUAGUGAGGGUCUUAGUAUCUGCUCAGCAUGGAUUGAUGGAGAAAAGUAUUUGUUAGCUUUUGGUGGCUACAAUGGGAGGUAUAGCAAUGAGGUUUUUGUUAUGAGACCCAAGGCAAAGGACUUCUUGCGUCCCAAGAUUUUCCAGUCACCAGCAGCCGCUGCAGCAGCAGCUUCUGUUUCUUCUGCUUACGCAUUGUCUAAAUCUGAGCAGUUGGAUUUCAUGCAACUAGAUGAUACAAACUCCAAGUCACCUAUAAAUGGUCUUCCUCAAGAUGAUGAUAUAGAUAAAGUUGAAGCCAUUAAAGAAGAUAAAAGGUUAUUAGAACUGUCAAUUGCAGAAGCCAGGGCUGAAAAUUCUAAGCUUGGAGGUCAGAUAGACGAAGUAAAUAAUACUCACACUGAAUUGACCAAGGAACUCCAAUCAGUCCAAACCCAACUUGCGGCUGAGAGGUCAAGAUGCUUUACCCUGGAGGCCAAAAUUGCAGAACUCCAAAAGUUGCUGGAAUCAAUGCAGUCUGUGGAAGAUCAGGUACAGGCUCUUCGGCAAAAGAAUUCUGCUCUGGACCAGGAGCUUGCUGCAACUGCUCAGAGGCAGAAUUCUGGUGGAGGUUGGCGAUGGUUUGGUGGGAGUGAGAAAUGAAAAUCAUGAAGGAAACACCUGCUAAAGGUGAUUUGGGAGUUGAGUCCGAGAAACCUCAACUUUCUUGCAAGCGGCAGACUGUUACAGAACUUUUGCGGUGUUUUUGUUGUGUGUUGAAAUCGUAAGAUGCUGAACUCCAAUUUUGAUGCACUGAAACUGUCAUGUGUCAAGAGAUGGGUACAUAAGUUUUUUUUGUUGGUAUUUGUAAUUCAAACUUUAUACAGGUUUACAUUUGUCUGAUUCAUUUCAUGCUCAUCUUUCCAUUACAUCCUAUAGGAUUUACUUUUAUCUCAUUCAUUUGAGUGUAUAUUGAUAUCUUAUGUUUAAUUCCAUUUCAAUUUAAUUAACCAGUACGUUCAAUGGCUUGA